AUUGAGACGAACAGAAUCCCCCUCUCGUAAACACACACACACACAGUGGCAUAAACUCAGAAUCCGAAAACCCAAUUUGUUCACCACAAAGAUCAAAUGGAAACCUAAUUUCUAAGAAAUUUAUCGAUUUCUUUUUCAAUCAAGUAUUAUAUGAUCAUUUCCAUAUCGACGAAACAUAGCAUUUAUCUCAAGCAACUUUCUUACAGAUUUCAUUGAUUCCUGCGCUUUGUGUGUCUUAAGAAAUGGACGAAGAAGAAUUACAGAAGCGAUUCACUGAUUGCGUCUAUUUCUUAGCCUCUCCGCUCACUUGCAAGAAGGGAAUUGAAUGUGAAUACCGACACAGUGAGAUUGCAAGACUGAACCCUAGAGAUUGCUGGUAUUGGUUGGGAGGGUGCUGUUUUAACCCUGAUUGUGCUUUCAGACAUCCUCCAUUAGAAGCACUAAAGGAAGCCUAUCUAGAAUCUUCUAACCUUAACAAUGCUCCUGCUUUACCUGUGGAGAAAACAAACAUCCCUUGUUACUUUUACUCAAAAGGGUUUUGUAACAAAGGAGAACACUGUUCAUUUCUCCAUGGAUCUGCUGAUGUCAGCCUUGCUUUGAAACCCUCUAAACCCAUAUCCAUGGUCAACAAUCCAGUCCCCUGUGUAGAAAAAUUAUCUACAGAAAGUAAAACCAGGUCAACACCAGUCAACAUCCACCCCACUCCAUCUGAACCUGUAAAAGAUGACCACACAAACAAUGUGAGGACGGCCACACAGGAUCCCAAUCCCAAGCAAGAAAGAAGCGAGUCUCCUGAUAUAUCAAACUCAUUGGAUCUUCCGGAAGAAUUUGUUCAAAGUGGAUCUGAUGUUUUUAAUGAUCAAAGUUCUGGUUUUGAUGUUGUUGUUGAAGGUGAAUCUGAAAGGUAUGAAUAUGAACAAGAUGUUGAGUAUUUUUCUGUUCAUGAAGAAGAAGAAGAAGGUGAAAAAGAGCCUAUUGAGUAUGAUCAAACUUACCCUGAAUUGGGAAAUGGAAUUGGAAAAGAUAGAUGUGAUGUUUAUGAAUGUUUAGAUAAAGGGGAAUCAAGAAAGAGUAUAUUUUAUCGGCUUUCUUUCAAGAAAAGAAACUUACAAUCAGAAGCUCCGUUAUUUAAUGGCAGAAAAGGUCAUGAUCUUCGUGAGCAUUUGAAGAAACGAAAGAUACAGGAAGCCACAGUUGAUGCAACACAAGAGAAGAUUUAA